AGAGUGGGUUUCCUGUGUAGAACAUGCCACGUGACUAUCUUGUCUUCGUGGUGUAGAGCACGUCUUCAGUUUAGGUGUUGCUGUCUUUUACUUGCUGAGCAUCAAAAGUCUUUUCUCCUACAUAUCUGGAAAAAAUGGCAGAACCACUUCGUAUUUGCAUCACUGGAGCUGCUGGUCAAAUAGCAUAUUCCCUGUUGUACUCUGUGGCAAAGGGAGAUGUCUUUGGAACCAAUACUCCUCUUAUUCUUCAUCUUCUUGACAUUCCACCAAUGAUGACAGCUCUUAAUGGUGUUGUCAUGGAGUUGCAGGACUGUGCUCUACCACUUCUGCAUGGGGUUGUUGCAACUGCUGAUGCUAAAGAGGCAUUUGCUAACAUUGAUGUAGUUCUGAUGGUUGGAGCAAUGCCAAGAAAGGAAGGCAUGGAGAGGAAAGAUCUCCUUGAAGCCAAUGCUAAGAUCUUUGUAACCCAAGGAAAAAUCUUAGAUGAGGUGGCCAAGAAAACUGUUAAGGUCUUGGUUGUUGGUAAUCCAGCUAACACCAAUUGCUACAUCACUCAUAAGAUGGCUCCUACUAUCCCAAAAGAAAACUUUUCCUGUCUUACUAGGCUGGACCAGAACAGAGCCACAGCUCAGGUUGCUGCUCGACUUGGAAUUAAAAUAGACCAAGUAAACAAUGCCAUUAUCUGGGGAAACCAUUCAUCCACUCAGUAUCCUGAUGUGAACCAUGGGACUGUUACUAUGAAUGGCUCUSAGGUAUCCAUCCGUGAAGCAGUCAAAGAUGAUGACUAUCUAAAUGGAGAUUUCAUCAAGACUGUACAGAAGCGUGGAGCUGCCAUUAUCAGUGCACGCAAGCUGUCCAGUGCCAUGUCUGCAGCCAAAGCCAUAUGUGAUCACAUGAGAGACUGGUGGUUUGGUACUUCUCCAGACCGAUGGGUUUCCAUGGGUGUAGUCUCAGAUGGUUCUUAUGGCAUCCCAGAAGGGAUUGUUUAUUCUUUCCCAAUCAAAAUUGAUGCCAACCRCCAGUGGUCCAUUGUUCAAGGCUUGUCAAUUUCUGACUUUUCAAGGGAGAAGAUGGAUGCAACAGCCAAGGAGCUGUUGGAAGAACAAGCUGCUGUAUCUUCCUUUUUGACCAAUUGACUUGAUGCUAGACUUUGACCUCCAAUAAACAUGACACUCUAGAGUGACUGACACGAAGCUGUGCUUAAAUUGUAGGAUGAUUCUGGUUUGAUAGGUUUCUUUGAUUGGACUUUUUAAGAGGCAUUUUGUUAUAAAUUCUAAGAUAAAGAAUAGCAAUUACCAAAGAAAAUAAUUUAYGUAGUUAACAAUACUGUAUUAUUAAAAGGUUUUUAAACUUA